AUGAGUAUCUGGGCCCGUUCGUUGAAGGAGAGAGAGAGCCAUGUCACGUCACCGUCACCGCCCCCUGUUAGAACCUCUUUUACUUCCUCACCACCAUCUAUGGCCCCGAAACAGACGCACUCGGUGACCCUUGGCGCUGGCGACGCGCUUGGUACGGGCGAUUCUUACCUCAAACUCAACGUGCUGCCGACGGAACUGAGUGCCAUCGCGUUUGACAGGCUGAAGCAGGAGGUGCGGUGGGCAGUGAUGCACCAUCGGGGUGGGGAGGUUCCGAGGCUGGUCGCUGUCGAAGGCGAGGUUCUUCCAGACGGAAGCUUCCCGAUUUAUCGCCACCCCGCAGACUUCUCCCCGCCUCUUCUCGUGUUCUCCCCCACUGUAUCUGUCAUCCGCACUCAUGUCGAGGCCGCCAUCGGCCAUCCGCUUAACCACGUUCUCAUCCAGCUGUACCGCAACGGCGCGGACUACAUAUCUGACCACUCCGACAAGACCAUCGACGUCGUGCACGGGUCAAGCAUAGUUAACGUCAGCCUCGGCGCGCAGCGCGUCAUGGUCCUUCGGAACAAGAAAGUCCCAAAUACGACGAGUGAAGACACUGCGAUUGCAAGACCCCCGCCACGACCGACACAGCGCAUUCCCCUCCCUCACAACUCGCUCUUUGUCCUGGGACCAAACACCAACAGCAGUUGGCUGCACGGUAUCCCGCACGACAACCGCCCGCUGACGAUCAAGUCCGCGGAUGAGCAGGCGAUGGGGGGCGAGCGCAUCAGUCUAACCUUCCGCCACAUCGGUACCUUCCUCACCAACGACGGCGCUGGGUCCGAGCCUCAACGGAUAUUCGGCCAAGGUGCGAAAGGAAAGACACGGGACGAUGCGGGUGUCGUCCUCAAGGGUGAGGCAGAGAGCGCCGGUAUGAGGGAAGCGUUUGGUCGCGAGAACCAGAUGAGUGGAGAGGAGUGGGACUGGGAGAGGUGGUAUGGGGAGGGGUUCGACGUGGUCGAUUUGGUCUGA